AUGGCAGCUGCCCCCCUUGAUGGCCUUGAAGCUGUGGGACAAAGACCAGCCAAUCGGGGUGAUAUGGAAAGAGGCAUGGUGGAGCGAGGGGUCACCACCAGCUCACGCGCCGCGCGGCCGAGGCCCGCGCCCGCAGCCCGGCCGGAGGAGCCCGCCGGGAGCCGCGCCGCGCCGCCGGGGCUGCUGGAGUGCCGUCGGUGCCGGUACCUGUGCACGGGCAGGGCGUGCUGCCGCGCGGUGCAGGCGAUGCUCGCUCUGCUCGUCCUCGUCUGCGGCUCCGUGUCGCACGGCUCCGCGGGCGGCUACACCGGCAUCCCCGGCCUGGGGGGCAUCUACUACUACCAGUACGGCGGGGCCUACAGCGGCUUCGGCGGCGCGGACGGCGAGCGGGCCCAGCGCCUGGACGAGCAGUUCCGGCUGCGGAAGCUGCCGGCCGCCAGGGCCGCCAUGGCCGCGGGCGGCGCGCUGCUGCUCUCCGCCUGCCUGCUCCUCGGGGCUGCCCUCGGGCGGCUGCCGCGGCGGCUCCCGGCCUGGCUGCUGCUCGAGGGCGCCCUCGACACGCUGGUUGCAAUUGGCUUGCUGCCUGCUUUGUACUACUUCUUCCACGAGCUGCUGGAAGCUUAUAACUCCUCCCUGUGCAGAGAGAGAGAGCACCUUUACCAAAGCAAAGGCUAUCAAGGCUUUAGGUGCAGCCUGCACGGGGCAGAGAUAGCCGCCGGCCUCUCAGGCUGCAUUGCUGUUGUGGCGUACCUGCUCAGCGCUGGCCUUGCCCUCAAGGAGUACACGACAGUUCGCAGGUUGAAACAGAAGCCAGCACAGAUGUAUGAGCAUUAGAAGGGAGCUCUGUCACCUCUGCUUUCGUAAUGACCCUUGUGCCAGCCUCCGUGCUGAGAUGAAGCUGCUGAUUUUUUCUUGCCCAUGGGCAGCACGCACUCCAACACAGAAUAGCUUCAGCUAAAGUAGAGCCACACUGUUCUUAACUUGAAUUUGCAUUGUUAAAUUAUUAGUGAACACAUAAUUAGUCCCGUAGAUUGUCUUCAUCUGGUGGCUGUUUCUUAGCAGGAAUGACUCCAGCAAGUUGCCUGCCUUGCAAGUUGCACGGGAGUCCAUCCCCUCUAUGUGGGAUAUUUUGCUCUUCUCUAAGAUCUUGCUAUAUGUUGCUGGCAGGACACCCUCGAUAUAGGAAUUAAUUGAUUCAGCUAAUGAAUAGAUAUGACAAAUCAGAUAAAUGUAAGAUGGAUCAAAUGUGCAUCUCUUUUCUCAUCAUUGCAUAUUUGAAUGAAGUUUCUUAUGAUGAA